CCUCCCACCAGUAGGUGGCGAUAUUGCGCUGGCAUGAGACGUACAGGACACACCACGUGACAUGGCCAUGAUGGCGGCCAUAGUGGAGUGUCGAGAAGAUGCCUUCAGAAAGAUAUUCAAGUUUUACAAGCGGAGAAUUCCUCCUCCUAAUUUCAGCGAUGUUUUUGAUUUUUCCAAACCCAUGACAAGUGAUAAGGUGGUGCAAGUCAAAAUGGACCCUCAAGCAGUGAGUGAUGGAGAUGCUGCCAGGGUUGGAUUACAGCCUGUCAGAGACUGGAGAGUCUUUAAUCUAAAGGGUUACCCAGGGUUCAUCUUCAUCACUAACCCAUUCCUCCGAGGCUCUCAGGCCUACUGGGUUCGUCAGUGUCUGAAGACUUACCCCAGAAAGCCGAAUGUCUGCAACCUGGACAUGCACAUGUCUCCUAGUGACACACAGGACAUCUGGGCCAAGAGUGUAUGCAACCUCAGUCGCCCUGACGGGAAGAGAGAACCCAAAACUCUUCUGGAGAGGCUGCGCUGGGUCACCUUAGGCUAUCAUUACAACUGGAAUAGCAAGACAUACUCUGCCAAUCAUUACACGCCAUUCCCAGCUGAACUCCGCCUCCUGUCUCACCAAAUAGCAGCUGCCUGUGGCUUCCCAGGCUUCAGUGCAGAGGCAGGAAUCCUCAAUUACUACAGGUCGGACUCUUCUUUAGGAAUCCAUGUGGAUGAAUCCGAAUUAGAUCACAGUUGCCCACUUCUGUCGUUCAGUUUUGGCCAGUCUGCGAUCUUCCUUCUCGGCGGCACUCAAAGACAAGACCCUCCCACCGCGAUGUACAUGCACAGCGGGGACCUGAUGGUAAUGUCGGGGCAGAGUCGCCUCCUUUACCACGCUGUGCCUCGCAUCGUCCCAGCGCCCCAGGAAGUCGCAGUGGUGGAGCCAAGCAGCUGGGGUUCCGACCAGCAGGAGCGUGUGUCACAGGAGGACUGGGCCGUGUGCUCCGAGUAUAUCCAGAGUUCCAGGAUCAAUGUGACUGUCAGACAGGUUUUGGGGCAGAGUCAAAGCUUUCCAGAAACUCGAUCCUCUUCAGGAGGAGCAUCAAGCUGAAGGGGAAGACCGUUCGAAAAGGAGAAAAGGUGGUUAUUCACCUCAACAGACAUGAUAUUUAUACUUCUUUCAAGGCAGAAUUAAUAAUACAUCACAAGUGUUUAAAUGAAUACGAUGUUGUCCUAAUACACAUGAUUGAAAUGCAGUCUGUCUUUUGUUUAUAAAAAACCCAAAACCACGGAAGUUGGCACGUUGUGUAAAUCGUAAAUAAAAACAGAAUACAAUGAUUUGCAAAUCCUUUCCAACUUAUAUUCAAUUGAAUAGACUGCAAAGACAAAAUACUUCAUGUAUGAACCGGUAAACUGUUAUUUUUUGCAAAUAUUAGCUCAUUUGGAAUUUGAUGCCUGCAACAUGUUUCAAAAAAGCUGGCACAAGUGGCAAAAAAGUUGAGGAAUGCUCAUCAAACACUUAUUUGGAACAUCCUACAGGUGAACAGGCUAAUUGGGAACAGAUGAGUGCCAUGGUUGGGUGUUCUGUAGUCUGACGAGUCCACAUUUCAAAUUGUUUUUGGAAACUGGACGUCAUGUCCUCCGAAACAAAGAGGAAAAGAACCAUCCGGAUAGUUAUAGGUGCAAAGUUCAAAAGCCAGCAUCUGUUUUUGAUUGAUUGAUUGAAACUUUUAUUAGUAGAUUGCACAGUGAAGUACAUAUUCUGUACAAUUGACCACUAAAUGGUAACACCCGAUUAAGUUUUUCAACUUGUUUAAGUUGGGGUCCACUUAAAUUGAUUCAUGAUACAGAUAUAUACUAUCAUCAUAAUACAGUCAUCACACAAGAUAAACACCAGAGUAUAUACAUUGAAUUAUUUACAUUAUUUACAAUCCGGGGG